AGAUACGAGACAUCUAGAGAAAGACUGUUGAGUUUAAUCGAAUUACUGACUGGCUAUCUGCUUCUAACGCCAGGCAGCAUGCUGUACUGUUAUUUGAACUAAUUUGCGACAUCUCUGAGUAAUUUUGGACUAGGUACUCGACGCGGGGACAAGCUUCAUGCCCACAUCAGAUAAACCUCGAUCUUCGAUAUUGGACGACGAUGACAAGCUCAAAGACGCAAGCCAUGAAAACAUACACGAUUUAAUAGCCGCAACCCCUGAGAAUACCGUUCCUAGUUCCGCUGUCAACAUGGCAGAACAAACCCCAGACCUUACACAUAUCGAGCCAUCCCCCAUGGACGAUCCCACAGCUAGGAGCAGUGCAGACACUCACGAUGCCAACACGAAGCGAUUGCAAGAGUUAUCGCUCUCUUCGAAGGAACAGGAAACCCUCAAGGUUCAUACCCAAGCCGAUGCUCCACCUCCACCUCCACAAAAAGACGACGCAUAUAUUGAUCCUACCCCCAAGACUCCUCAAGCACCCCGUUCCCCGCUGGGGUUGCCGUCCGAAUAUAACGAGAAAGAACUCCCAAGCGUACCAAGAGAUGAGCAACUAGACGAGCGAAAGGAAGAUGGCGAAGUCAACGAUGACGACCAGUCAGAGAUUCAAAGUAUAAUGGAGCAGUUCUCCGAUGAAACGAAGGGACCCAACGAGACAGAAAUCAUGUCUCCGCGAUUAGAACUUGCAGAGCAUUUCAAGGGCCAACAGAACCAGUUCCCAACACGCAGAUCGAGCCUCGAGCCACAACCCCAGAGCGCCAAUAAUUUUCCGUCCUCCGGCCCAUCUUCCAUACCAUCACCCUUGAUGAUCCCGAAACCUGCUCCGAAAGCUAGAAGUGAUGUACCCGAAACCCCGCAAUCAACAUCUUCAAGAACAGGGCUUCCACCUCCUGAGCCAGAACCCGAUCAGCCGUUUGAUUUCCAUCGAUUCCUUGAACAGUUGCGCCACCGAACCGCGGACCCUGUCGCCAAGUUCUUGCGCUCAUUCCUAACAGAAUUCGGGAAGAAGCAGUGGCUGGUUCAUGAACAGGUGAAAAUCAUUAGCGACUUUUUAGCCUUUAUAACGAACAAAAUGGCUCAGUGUGAGGUUUGGAGGAACGUUUCAGAUGCAGAGUUUGAUAAUGCAAAGGAAGGAAUGGAAAAGCUGGUAAUGAAUAGGCUGUACAGCCAGACGUUUUCACCCGCUAUUCCACCUCCUCCAUCCGUGCCACGAAGCGCGAGCAGGAACAAACGAAGAGAAUUGGAAAGAAUACACGGACCUGGUCGACGAGGACAGCAUCAGGAGGAUGUUGAGCGGGACGAGAUAUUGGCUCAGAAAAUACGGAUAUAUAGCUGGAUACGACCAGAGCAUUUAGAUAUACCAUCACUUGGCAACAACGGCCGUCGAUUCAUCAAUCUUGCACAACAAGAAUUGACCAAAAUGAAGGGUUAUAGAGCUCCGCGGGACAAGGUUAUUUGCAUCUUGAAUUGCUGUAAGGUUAUUUUCGGACUCUUGAAGCAUUCCAAGAAUCCCGAUACCUCGGCAGAUUCAUUUGUUCCUAUCUUGAUCUAUGUCGUUUUGAAAGCCAAUCCGGAACAUCUCAUUUCUAACGUGCAAUACAUUCUACGUUUCCGCAACCAAGAUAAGCUCGGGGGAGAAGCAGGUUAUUAUCUCUCUUCUUUGGUAAGUAUCAACCGUAGCUGUAUCACCUGAAUAGAAUUUCUGACGGCAAUAGUCUGGCGCUAUUCAGUUCAUUGAGACCCUUGACCGCACAAGCUUGACCGUUAGUGACGAGGAGUUUGAAAAGAAUGUCGAGGCCGCUGUAUCGGCGAUUGCACAGGAGAACCUGAAAGCCGAAUCUGAAACGUCAAGUGCCCAGGAUACACCGCGGGCAUCAGCUGAUACUGAAAGAACUCCACAACGACGGGAGGUACCUUUAGCGACAAACGACGACGAAAAUGCUCCCGUUGCAGGCUUGCUUCGAACAAUUCAGAAACCAUUGUCAUCAAUCGGACGAAUGUUUUCAGAGGACGCAGAGCCCGACAGAAGGCCUCAACAAAACAGCGCAAAUGCACCGCCAUUACCAGAGAGGGGAUCUGCAGCAGAAUAUCCCGGGCGUAUUGAUGCUCAAGAAGCAGCGGCUCGGCAAGCCAGCGCCGAAGCAGCAGAGGCUCGAAGGAUACAGCGAGCAGAGCAUAGAGAUGUGGUAGAAACACUAUCGGGCAUGUUUCCGAAUCUAGAUAAAGAUAUUAUCGACGAUGUUGUCCGGAUGAAAGAGGGAAGAGUCGGACUGGCAGUUGAUGCUUGCCUUGCGCUUAGCAGUACGGAGUAGACAGUAGCUUGAUUGCUGGAGCUGAUCCAUAACUAUACUACCAUAUUGAUGAAUAUUG